AUGGCGCCCUCGGGAUCUCGCAAGAGUGUGAAACUCAGCCCGUCAGGCGCGGAGGAUGGCGAUGGUAGAAACCGAUCAGCUCCGACGAAGCAAACAACUACGGUGAAUUGGUACCCAGGCGUUUGGUCGGCCUCCAAAUCGUCCAAAGCGGCCCCUAUUACCGAGGUUGCCCGUGAGAGCAUUUCAGUCGCUAAAGGCGCGCCAGCAUUAGACCUAACCUCUUCUUCAACCCCCCAACUGCACAAGCAACAUCGGAGUCCUUCGCUCCAGCUCACUAGGAAGGCGGGCGCGUCAAGCCGCUCUCUUCCAGCGGACGCUACCACUACGAAGAUAAAUAUCGCCUCCGACGGUUCCUCUUCGUCCCCCGCCGUCGAUUCGGAGCCAGGCCCUGAUGGACCAGCACCAGAUGCGGAUACAAAGGAGACAACAAACGAAUGCACAGGUCAAAACGCCGAACGAGCACAAGUGAAACCCGCGUCGGAAACCCCAAACCCCGGCACCGAGGUAGCUCCGGAAGGGCCAGCAACUUCUUCGACAGCUCAACCAGGGGGUUGGCUCGCAUGGAUUUAUCCGUGGUCUACAUCCGACAAUAAUACCGACCAGUCUUCGCAAACACCAGUAAAUUCGAACGGGGAGGCGCAGCGUUCGAAAGAGGAAGAAGCUCCAGUCAAACAGACCACCGAGGAACAAGCUGUACAGGCGUCUAUCGAACCACACAACAAUAACACAACUUCAGAAGAAGAAAACAACCGCCCAGCUGACAACGAUAGCCCGCCAAACAGAAACGGAGCCCCAGAAACUUCAGAGGUCCCUGCGACGUCCCAAAAGCGGUCGUGGCUACAAAUGUGGUACGGUUCAUCUGGAAAGGGUGUCGAAUCACCCAAGAAUGAGUCGUCGACAGCGGACAAGCCAACACCCCCUGCUACGGAGGAGGUGUCCCCGUCGGAUCAACAUGUUGAGGAGAACUCGCCAGUUGAAAACAACCAACAGAGUGUGGAUCAGAGCACCACACCUGCUAAAAAUGCCAAGCCCUCAGGCUGGUCUUUCUGGUUCAAAGAGCCGUCACAGGAUCAAACUAAAGGAAGACCCCAGGACGCACAGGCAGUUGAAGUCUCGGUGGCUGGGGAGCCGUCUACCAAGAAACUGAAAGAAGAGGCAGCGUCGGAUCCCGAACGCAAAGUGGAAGCUGGAAAGGAAGGGACUGUGAAACUUAAAUCCCCGAAGAGCAGUUCUGCGUUGCCUGAUAAGCUCUCAGCUGCGCCAGGAACUGCUGCCACUGUUCCGGAAACUGCCGCCUCCAAGCAAUUGCAGAAGAUACUGCCGAAUCAGGUCCUCCCUCUGUUCAAGGACACCUUUGCCCUUGAAGAGAGGCCGUCGUUCCUCCAAUCCAUUGGACGCCUCCUUCAUUACAACAAAGAGCCAAAUAACAAACACGUGUAUAUGGUUCGCGACCCGCCGCAAAUCAAGCGGGCUUUGGCUAUCGGUGUGCAUGGCUACUUCCCCGCCCCUUUGCUUCGAAGCGUCCUUGGUCAGCCAACAGGCACUUCUGUCAGGUUCUCGACCAUGGCGGCGGAAGCUAUACGCAAAUGGACGGAGGACCGUGGAUACCAAUGUGAAAUUGAAAAGAUAGCCUUGGAGGGAGAAGGUCGCAUUGCUGAACGAGUGGACCUGCUCUGGAAGCUUCUGCUCAACUGGAUGGAGAAGAUAAGGAAUGCUGAUUUUAUCCUCGUUGCAUGCCACAGCCAAGGUGUCCCUGUGGCCAUCAUGUUAGUUGCGAAAUUAAUAGCAUUCGGUUGUUUGAAUGCUACGCGGGUUGGUGUGUGCGCCAUGGCCGGCGUUAAUCUGGGCCCGUUCCAUGAUUACCGAUCUCGAUUGAUCAGUGGCUCUGCCGGAGAGCUAUUCGAUUUCGCCUUACCAUACAGCCAAGUUUCGAAGGACUACGAAGCAGCGUUGAAGACCUCUCUCAAUUUCGGGGUUCGAGUAUCUUAUAUUGGCAGCAUUGACGAUCAGCUAGUAUCCCUGGAGGUACAGUUUCCCUUUGCUUCUGGCAAGAUGAUUGGAAGACUAACUAUGUUGUGCCUGGUCCAGUCGUCUUUGUUCUCGCCAGUAACGCACCCAUAUAUCUAUCGCGCCGUGUUUGUCGAUGGCAAGGUCCAUGCUCCAAGUUUGUAUGUCACAUCCAGCCUCUUUCUCUCGCACCUAGUCGGGUUUGCUCUCAAGCUUCGUAACUUGGGCAUCCCAGACCAUGGUUUGAUCCGUGAAUUAAGCGCACCACUAGCGGGCAGUCUGUACACGGGCGAUGGCCAUUCCCGCCUGUACGAUGAUGAGGUCGUUUACCGACUAGCUAUCGAGUUUGCGCUAGAAACGUCAAAUGUGCCCACUACUCCAGUACACAUCAAGCGUGCGCUUCCUUCCCCCGCCAACCCCUACAUCUUACCCUUUGCCAUGCGCGGCCUCCUCGAGGAGGAAUACGUCCGGCGAGAGUUAUAUGACGAAACCAUGGAGUUGUUACGCCAAUUCGACAAUUGGAAACCGACUAGCAAAGUUCUCAAAGAUGUCAAGUUCCGCCUAGAGGGAAUUCGGUCGAAGCUCUGA